AUGGGUUGUAAUAAAAGACUUUUCCUUUUGAGUACUUGUUGCUCACAAUUGAUAACAACUAUCUGGAGGCAGGUAUUUGAUUUCCUUGGUUUUAUGUGGUGUCCCAUUAUUGUGAAUUUCUUUCAAAUAAUAUUUGUGAUAUUUGGUUUUUUCGGAGCAUGGCAGUAUAAAUCUUCAUAUUUAUUGACUUACUGCUUGUGGACUCUAUUCUGGAUUGGCUGGAACUCUUUCAUAUUUUGUUUUUAUCUAAACAUUGGCAUUUUAAAUAGAGAGUGGGAUGUGUUGAGCCUAGGUGCUGGGAGUAUCAGUUGGUGGGAAGCUAACGGUCCUGGUUGUAAAGCUUUAUUUCUUCCUAAUCAAACUGGAAUAGAAACAGAACCUUGGCACCCCCUGCGUCCUGAUCUAGUCACUGGUUGUAUAAUUCGUUAUUAUAAUUUGGAAGCUACACAGGCUGCCCUACAUGCUUUACUUGGUAUAAUUGGUUUUGGUUUUUGUGUCUCUUUAAGUAACACAAUCAAGAAUGGAGAACAAGAAACUCCUUCAACCUUAAAAAAAACUAUUCAAAGUCCUCUGUAUCCUGUUGAUUUGAUUCCACGACGUGUAAAUAAUGGCCCUGAUUUUAGUGGUGAUUCAAUUGAUGAAAUUGAUCCUAGAGUAAGUCGACCAAUGACUCCUAGAAGAGUUAAAAGGCGGAGUGAUUCUAGAGGUUGUCACACAGGUUCUCUUCCUAGGAGGCAACAUGGAGGAAGGUCAAGUCUGAGAUCAUCUAGGAGAAAUCGGUCAUCUCAUCCUCCAAGAAAUGAUGAAACUUCCAGACCACUCAGUGGCCAUACCAAUCUCAUGUUUCGCCAUAGCCCUGAAAACUCCUAUGACGAAGAGAGACCACCCUCAGCAAGAUCAAGUUAUUCUAAUUUUCACGGGACACGAGCUCACUCAUACAGACAUUUCUUAGUUUCAGGGCCACCUGGUUAUACACCACAGUCAGAAACACCAAUUUGA